AUGCCGUCGGAACUCAGCACGACUAAGGUAAUCGUCCAUCCGUUGGUCCUGCUCAGCGUGGUGGACCACUUUAACCGGAUGGGUAAGAUCGGCAAUCAGAAACGCGUUGUCGGUGUGCUUCUCGGAUGCUGGCGUGCGAAAGGCGUUCUGGACGUAUCCAACAGCUUUGCAGUUCCGUUUGACGAGGACGACAAAGAUAAAUCUGUCUGGUUCCUCGACCAUGACUACUUGGAAAACAUGUACGGUAUGUUUAAGAAGGUGAAUGCACGCGAGCGUGUCGUAGGCUGGUACCACACUGGGCCAAAGCUUUGUCAAAACGACAUUGCGAUUAACGAACUGAUCAGACGCUACUGUCCGAACUCCGUGCUGGUUAUUAUCGAUGCUAAACCGAAGGAUUUGGGACUUCCAACGGAAGCGUACAUAGCGGUCGAGGAAGUGCAUGACGACGGUUCGCCUACGUCGAAAACGUUCGAACACGUCCCUAGCGAGAUCGGAGCCGAAGAAGCGGAAGAGGUGGGAGUGGAACAUUUGCUGCGUGACAUCAAGGAUACGACGGUUGGGAGUCUGUCGCAAAAGAUCACAAACCAGCUGUUGGGGCUGAAAGGUCUUAAUGCACAGCUGCGGGAUAUUAAAAACUAUUUACUCAAGGUUGGCAAUGGUCAGCUACCGGUAAAUCAUCAAAUUGUGUAUCAGCUUCAGGACAUACUGAACCUACUGCCGGACAUAGCACAGGAAAACUUUACCGACACGCUGUACGUCAAAACGAACGAUCAGAUGCUGGUCGUUUACUUGGCAUCGUUGGUACGAUCCAUCAUCGCUCUGCACAAUCUGAUCAACAACAAGCUAACGAAUCGUGAUGCUGAGGAAGGCAAAAAGACCGAUGAUGCAAAGGAUAAGAAGGCACAGGAUGGUAAGGAUGCUGGUGCGGACAAAGAUAAGACCAAGAAGGAAAAUGAGAAGGACGGCAAAAAAGAAGAUUCAAAGGCUGAGAAGGGGAAGGAUGAAAAGAAAAAGUAG